AUGUCCUUUCCAGGGGACUCAGACGUGAUCAUAGAUUCUACCGUUCUAAAAGCUGUUGAAUUAGGAACAAAACUUUUUAAAUCUGGGGAAUAUCUGCAAGCGAAAAGAAUAUUCAUCAAUGCUAUAAGAGUAUGCGAUUCUUAUUCUGAGGAGCAAAUCAUACAAAUCAGAAACGCAUACCAAUUAGAUACUGUGAGGAUUGAUAAUAAACGAUUAUAUCAUCCUAGAUAUGUAAAGAUACUGGACAAUAUCUGUGCGUGUUAUGAAAAACUAAACGAUUUGAAAUCCUGUUUAAAUGUAUCACAAAGAUUACUUCAGCUAGAUCCUGGUAAUGUAAAAUGCUACAUACGGUGUACAAGAACACUCAUAAAAUUAAAAGAUUGGAAAAGAGCAUAUAAGACAUGUUGUGGCGGAUUACAGUUAUGUGAUAAUGCCAGUCCUCUUUUGAGGCAACAAAAGCAAUUUAUUAAAGAGAAUAUGGCGCAAAAACAGGAUAAUGAAAAGAAGAGUAACGACGGAAGGAAAUAUAUAGAUCCAUUAAAUGAAGCAAAAGUACUUAAGAGGAAAAAGCAGAGUGAUAUUUCAGAAUUGUUGCAACCAAAGAAGAAGAUCAAAGAUGAUAUCAGGAAAGUUGAUUUAGUUGGCGACUUACCGAUUGAGGUACUACCUGUCAUACUUCAAAGAUUCACCAGUAGAGAACUCAUUAUGUUGUCGUUGGUUUGUAACAAAUGGAGAGACAAAAUAUUGUAUCAUUUACAUUGUUUCCGAGAAUUUAACUUGACCUCAAUCAGUUUCAAAAACUUUGUAAAAUUUAUGGAUUUCUUACAACAGAAUUUCACCAAUACGUACAAAAGAUACAGUCUUUCUCAGUUAAAAAUUAGUUCUAAAAUUACUCCGGAAGAGUUACGAAUAGCUCAGUUGUUAUUUAGUAAAAUGCCGAAAUGCAUAAGUUUUGAACGGCUUAUACUUUCAAUGCCAACACUAACAACCACCCAGUUUUACAAGUUGAUGGCUGGAGAACGUACAGAGCUUUUCUCAAAAUUACUAGAAUUAUCCCUUAUGAUAACUUAUAGACCUGAUAAACAACAUGAAUGGAAUAUACUUCAGAAUUGUCCUUUGUUGAAGAAAAUGGAAUUAAUAUUUGUAAAUUCAGUGGUUUCCAUCGCCAAUCGAAAUAAUAUCACCGGAAGCGAUAACAGUUUCAAUUCAAUGUUCGGUGGUGUCAAUAUACAAAGUCCGGUUGAAAAUCAGGGUGAAUCAGAAAUUGUGGAGGGAAAAGUGGUCUACAAUGAACUAGAAAAGUUAACAUUGAUAUGUGACAAGAAGAAAAUUAAGAAUUUCCCACUCUAUUAUGCCUUAUCAAGAAAUCAGUUUCCUCUAUUACGGAAGUUGACAAUAACUGGUGUAAUAUUUCCUUUUAUUGACCAAAGUGUAACGAACUUUGAGUGGUUAUUGAAUUUUCCAAACUUAAAAGAACUAUGGUUGGAGGACAACGAUAAUUGUGAACUGAGUAAGUUCUUUCAAUUGCUCAAGUGCUCAGAUGUUUGGAAAAAUUUGCGGAAGUUGACCUUUAGAGAGAACAGACUGUAUCCAAUUAUCAAUCUUGAUGAGGACUUGCCCAUUGCCAACGAUGAUGAGAUGCCAUACAUGCUAUAUUAUAGGAAGAACCUGCAGAAUCUGGAAAAGUUAGAUCUAAUGGGGACAUCAAUAAGCGGUUCUGCGUUAACCAGAUUAUGUGAAAAGUAUUUGAAUGGUGAGAAAUUAAAGAGUUUAAAUAUUGGGGACUGCCCCAACAUUCAAUUUCUAACUAAUCAUGCUCAUACAACAAGAAUGGUAUUGGAUGUGAAUUUGGUUUUGAAGAAACUCUCUAAAUUGGAGGAAAUCAAUUUGUCACAUCUGAAUACAUUGAAUGAUCGUACAAUGAAUUCCUUUAUAAUUAACAUACCCUUUUUGGAAAAUUUGAAAAGGCUUGAUAUUUCGCACAAUUUUGAAAUCACCGGAAUAUCAAUCUACGAAUUUUUAAAGAAAUUUCAGAUGGACCACGAGAAUGAAACAGGAUGCCAACCACUGACAUAUUUAAAUAUUGACGGUUGUGUACAAGUAUCACAUAUCACUGUCAAUAUGAUCCGAGCCCAGAAUCUAGUCACCCGAGUGGAUUGCGUUUACGAAAGAGACAAAUGGAAAAAAUUCGGAGUUAACUCAUAUUCGUACUCAUAA